AUGUCAAAUUAUACUAUCCCACCAGCGAAUCCAACGCCGCAACCAGAGCCGCGCUAUCGCCCCAACACCGUCCUCGAGGUCCUCGAAGUAUUUCCGUCCAAUCUUAAGGCAAACUCAAGACCAUUGAUCGACUUCCUCACGAAUCCUCAGCCUUUGAUACAGCGACUAUUCAACCACACUAACACUUACGCGUCCGAGAUUGCGGGCAACAUGCUCCCUGACAUCCGAAAGUGCCUCGACCCCGCCAAACUGUUGGAAAGCGCCCUACGUUUGGGCUGGAGCGGACUCUGCCACUCCGCCAUAGAAAUCAAUUGGGUUUGCAAAGCAUUGUGGGAUCAUGUGAUCUCAGAAAUGGUAAAGCGCCUCAUAUCCAAACUUUCCUGGCCCGAAUUCGGCUCCCUCAGCCUGACCUUCUGGCGCCGCCCCCCACCAGAACCAGAAUCGAAGCAUUACAUCGAGCCAGUCCAAAGCACCAUCGAGUCCUACGGCUCCGGCCUAUUCAACCAGCUCGAAGUCGUCUGGAUAAUCGGCCCGCUCUUAACAUUCGUCCGACAGAUAUGGAGCUGGAGUAGGUUCGUGUUCAAUACCUUCAAAUUCUUGAUACUUGGGACAGUCGGGGUAUUUGCGCUUCUUGCCGUGCUGUACGGCUUGAGGUGGCCGUUGAGGGGAAUCGCGUAUAUUUUGCCUGUUUUGAAAAGGGAUGCACAGGAGGUUAAGGCUUCUUUACAGUCGCAAGAAGGGGAAGCGGGAGGGGACGGGAAGUAG